AUGCCAAGGAGAGACUUUAUCCGAGAUUUGCAAAAGGAAACAUCUUCAGCAGAUUAUCCUAGUCUCCUUAAUGUUGGGCCGGGUGAGGAUGAUGGAACCAUUUUCUGCAGCUUUAAACUUGAUGGAAAUCACGAAAAAAUUGUUGAUAUUCACUUUUUAAUAUCUGAUCUUUCUGAUUAUCCGCGGGAACACAGCUAUUUCUUGUAUACAACGUCUGACGAUGUCCCUUAUUUCAUCACGGCAUGUCUGGAAAAAGUUCAAGCCCAUCUCCGGGGCCUGCGGGUGGCCGAUAUGCUGUUACAUCUGUCUGGCGCUUUAAAUCGAGUCGGGACACUAAGGUCGGGGAAGGAAGUCUCAUUUUCGGGUGAUUCUGACGAGGAUACAGAGCUUGAAAAUGACUGUGAAAUGGAGGAUGCUGAGGUUGAGGAUUUUGAAGGUGACUGGUCACCUAAUUCCCCGUUUCUUUCAGUUCCAAACGCCGACACUUUCGACGAAGCAGACGUGAAAGGGGCUGCUCUUCCAGCACUGAUGCAAAAUCUUGCAUCUGAUCUUAGAACAUCCAAAGUUGCCGGAUUUAGAGUGGGAUACCUCGGUAACGUAGUCAAUCCGAUAAUCUGCAUUUCUUGUCGUAUCUCUCGACUUGGAAUCUCAGAGGAGGCUAUGGAAGCUUGGAAAGUGACUGGGCAGCAAUAUUUGGUUUGUCUAAUCCGUUACAUUGGGCGAUAUCGGACGCUUGAAGAAAUACUGCAGGAGGAUGUUGCUCUUGGGAAACCAUCCAUCGAGCUCCUUGUCGAUCUGUGCGACUCCUACAAGCCAACAAUGCAAAGCGUGCUUGCCGCUCUAGGUCGACAUCAUAGCACGUUCGAUACCAUGUCGCUGGGGGAAUCCGGGACGGACCACAGCAACGCGGAACCUAGAGCAAUUGUCCGAUCAUUCAUCAGCAAACCCAUAAACUCUUUGAUGAAUGAACGAUUUGUCAAAAUUCUACGCUAUCGACUCGCAUAUGGUCUAUCGUGGGAGGGAGCUGAGCUGUUUUUCAACGAAAUUCAAGGGAAGCCCCUAGACUAUGCGAACCCUGGGGACCGAGAAUACUCGACUAAGGAGAGAGAAGCAUCGACAGCCACUUUUUUGCCGUCACUGGUAACGUCUGACCAUCUCCUGGAAAGCAAGGGACUAAAUUCAUCACUUUCCCUUAUUGCGAUGCAAUUUGCGCUUCGGCAUUUUGUGAGAUGCACAGAGUUUUGUUUGGUGUGUCAUUGCAAGACCAACGACGCAUUUGAAGCACUGAAGCCGUACGUCUGCUCAAAGAGUUUAUGCCUUUACCAGUACAUGGCUCUUGGGUUUGGUCCUAGCUUGGAGUGGGAGAUUUUGGCUCAGCCCAAUGUUGUCGACCUUCUCAUUAGCUUCACUUAUUCCAGUGCGAGGAACAUGCGUCUGUCUGACUUCCCAGUUGGCCUCGGCUUUCUUGUUCCUUCCGAGCUCAUCAAUGCGGCCCAAGGGAGCAGCAAUAGUCUAGGGUCUUUUGCCCCUAUCUUAUCAAGUACUGUCACCAUCCCUGCUCACAAGCAAUUGCAUGCCGAGUUGGAUCGUGUCAAUAUGGAGCUACGCUUCCGCGACAAGCAUGGAACUCGAUGCCUCCGAGCUGGAGACUGGAUCGUAAUUACCGAGUGCGGCGGAGAUAAAACACCGUCUCAUUGUCGGGUGAAAGAUACGUCCCUUUGGCCGUCAGUCAAACUUGGCCCUCCCAUUUCAGUUUCUCAUGGCCCCUCGAAAUGUCAAAUGAAUCCCCCAAUUCCCGGGUACCAGAAAGCCAGCUUUGUGCUCUAUGACAAGAAUUUCGAUGAACUCACUAAUCCCAAUCGACAGGCUACGAUUUGCUUGCUCCUUGACACCCUUCCCUCAGUCAAGGAAAUGAAAGCCUAUCUUGCCGGCUUUCCCUCUGCCUCCCAGCCAAGCCUUAGUAACUGGACUGACAGAAUUUCGAAGUCGGGUCUUGACUUGUUACGUUGGAUUGUAGCAUCCAAUCGUUCCUGCAUUAUUCAGGAUUAUCCAGACACCGUUUUUACUGAUCAACCUGAAACCGAAGCUCGCGACCACGGUCAGAAUUUGGUACAGGAAAUGAGUGGAUACUUGCAAUUCCGGUUUGCGCAAGGUGCUCCUGACAAAGAACAACGUUUUAUACAGUCUGUGGCCACAUCGAGUGACUUUCCUCAAUAUCCUACGGUUUUUGCCUGGCAUGGUAGCCCGCUGUAUAACUGGCAUGGAAUAUUGCGUGAGGGUUUGCACUACAAAUCAAUACUGCAUGGCCGAGCAUAUGGGAAUGGUGUGUACAUGAGUCCCUCGUUCGGCGUAGCAUCAAGCUACAUCAGGGCUUCUAUCGGCAAUGGUUGGCCACAAAGCAACCUAGAGAUUACAUCCGCCAUUUCAUUAAAUGAAGUGGUCAACGCUCCUGGAAAGUUUGUGAGCAAUAAUCCUCACUUGGUUGUCUCAGAGUUGGACUGGAUACAAACACGAUAUCUCUUUGUUAGCUGCAAAAAUUCUUCAGAAACAGGAGACGUGUCCAAAUUCCAACGAGGAGGACUGUAUUACCAGCAGGACCCGAAGUACAAAGCUAUGGGCCCCCAGAAUAAAGAAAUCCUGAUCCCGAUGACAGCUUUCAGUCGGCAGCGCCGUUUAACAUUGAAAGCUCAUACGUUUGGAUCCACGCCCAGUGCUGUUCAGGCGAAGCUUCCGACCUUACAAGCAGUGCCCAACGGGCUAUCGGAAACAGCGGGGAUGGAAGUGGAUGGGAGCAAGUUUGGCACUGACCAGGACAGUUGGAUAAGUGAUGACACAGACACCGAAGACAUAUUAAUUCUGAUUAACGCGGAUGAGAAAGGAAAAUCGGCAGUUCGACAUCCACCAAUUGUUCCUGAAGUACCAAAGACCGAUUUCGUUCCGGGGAAACUGGACGGUUCGACAUUGGCAUUGCUAGGGCCUCCUUCGUUUGCCACUCCGGGGGCAACCAAAGCAUUGCAGAGAGACCUUAGGACAACUCUUCAGAUCCAAGAGAACACGCCUCUACACGAGCUUGGAUGGUAUAUCGAUCCAAACCUCAUCAACACAGUUUAUCAAUGGAUAGUCGAACUGCAUUCUUUUGAACCCAAGAUCCCUCUCUCUGACGACUUGAGGGUGGCCGGGCUCACGAGCAUUGUCAUCGAGCUUCGGUUCUCAAAAGAUUAUCCUAUAUCUCCUCCGUUUGUUCGCGUUAUCCGUCCGCGGUUUCUGGGCUUUCAACAAGGUGGAGGUGGUCACGUUACAGCUGGCGGAGCUUUAUGCAUGGAAUUACUCACUAAUUCAGGCUGGUCAGCGGUGUCCAGUAUCGAGAGUGUAUUGCUACAAGUUCGCUUAGCGUUGUCAAGUACGGAUCCCAGGCCAGCUCGGUUACAACGGGGUCAAAACGUAAAGAAAGGCACUGUCAGUGAGUACGGAAUGGCUGAAGCGAUAGAUGCCUAUGUGAGGGCAUGCCGCAUGCAUGGAUGGGAGGUCCCGCAGGACUUUGCGCAACAUAUGGGCGGGUUAGCAUGGUCAUCAAACGAGAGCUAGUUAGGCCUGCCUCAGCACCCUACAAUGAUAUGUUUUCCGUGGCUAUAUUUGUAG